UUCAAAGGGAAACCUCUCCAUCUUGGUCGCCCAUACCGGCAUUCGGUGUCCCGCUGCUUCAGCCGGCGCCGUUACGGUGCAAGGCUUCGCCAUUGUAAAAUCUCUCCUCUCGUCUCCUCUCCUCUCUCUCCUCUCUUCUCGUCUCGCAUCUUUCAGGCGUUGGAAUCUCGAAUCUCGACUUGGAGUAACUGGCAUAUACCCAAAAACGGCGGCUGCUUUCUAUCCCGGACCCAUGAACUUCACUAUCUCCUUUUCUACGACUCGUUUCAUCGACUCGGCGGCCCUUUGAAGCUGCUCACAGCCAACUUCUACUUUCUACUUUCUUGGAAGUCUUUUUUUAUUUCUUUAGUAGCCUGAUACGGCACUCAUCCGUCCUUCGGCGCCACCUCAUUCUCAAGUCCGCGGCGACAUAAGAAACCAAGCGCGAGAGAUGUUGAUCAAAGGAGAAAAGUAUGCCUGCGAGGCAUGUGUGCGGGGCCAUCGAGUCAGCAACUGCCAGCAUGCUGACAGGCCACUGCAGCACAUCAAUAAGAAGGGUCGUCCAGUCUCACAAUGCGCUCACUGUCGAACUCUACGCAAAUCUCGGUCAGCCCAUGUCCGUUGCGACUGCGGCGGCGAAAAGACCCACGCCAAGAGCGCUUGUACACAUGAUGGGGAUUCUCAGGACAACUGCUGUUGCAGCCACGGCGCCCGGUGCUCCUGCGCCAUCAAGAAGGAACACCUGGAUCCUGUUCCCGAGUCCGACUCUGAUGAGGCCCUGCCUCGUUCGGUCGCAAGAAGGCCUCGUGCACAUACAGCCCAGUCAGAAUCGGGUCUUACGGUCUUCACGAACGGGCACCACAAGCCAGUGCACAAGCACAACAACAUGGCCCACCAGUGUGGGUUGCCAUAUGUUGUACCGAGGGCACAUUCCAUUCAUGGUCCUUCAACAUCUGGUUUGGCUAACAGAUCUGUUGACAAUCUACCGCACACGAGCACCAUUGAUGCGUUGCACAGCGAAUCUCAUAUUAAGGACUCAAUGGUUAGCGCACAACAAGAGCAGCGCAUGGUGAAGUCUGAACACGGGUCUCCUCUCCAGAGCCCAACGUCAAACCUAGACCAGCUCAAUGGACUUCUCCCGCCUUUGGAUCUUUCCGGCGUUCCCGGGGAUUAUAGCUUCCUGCAAAACCUGGAUGGAUUUUCGAGUAUUCCAGAUCAUGAGCAGCCGCUGUUCUCUGCUGGUCUGAGCUCAGCUUCUGUCGAUUGGUCCCACUAUGAUGGUCUCGAUUUCAACAAUGACAAUUUUGGAGCUUCGUCCUAUAGCCAGGCUCCUUCGUUCACUGGAUUUGAUUUUGCGAGCGCCGAGCAACCCGCUCUGACUACUACUUCCACGUCUGGGGAAAUGUCAGAGGUCGAAGAUUUCGGGUUUCUAAAUGAGAUUGGAGCGAACCCCCCGACUGUGCUAAACAAUCAAUACGGAUCCGACCUUGAUAACUCGGACUUUAGUGAAAUAGAUGCAUACCGUCUCAGCACUGCGUCUUCAUACAUGGGCUUACCGCAGGCACAGCUGCUUAGCAGCAACAACAUCGAAGCUCUUGACAUGGACGCUUUCUUAAAAGGUGUUGCCACAGCCAACAGCCAUGCGAGUUCUAAUCACGGCCUGCCUCUUGGCACUCUUGGUGAAGAUGUCAAGGCUGGGCAGACACUGCCCAACUUUGACGAUAACAACACGAUCCGGCUCCUUUCCACAGGGGAAGAGAAUGAAGCUUUCUGGAUAAAUGACUUUCCAUCCAGCAACAACAACCGUGGUCUGGGUGACUUAUCAGAAGACAAUGUGUGGGUGGCUCAAUAACACGUGUGGAAAAGGCAACAGGCCUUCAAGCGAAUAUUUGUUCUCUCUGAGAUUGCCGUCUGCCGACGACUUGAAGUAUUCCUUAGGAUACAAUACGAAGAUUUUGUGGCGAGGAGAUAACAGCACUUUCUAGAUGUUUAUAGACCUGUUUCAACGUC